AAUGAGCUGCAAUGGCUGUCGAAUUCUGCGCAAGGGGUGUGGUGUCGACUGUGUGCUUCGACCAUGUUUGGACUGGAUCGAAUCACCCGACGCCCAAGCCCACGCCACCCUCUUCGUCUCCAAGUUCUUUGGCCGCGGUGAUCUGGUCAACUACAUCUCCUCCGUGCAGUACGAUCAUCAACGCGCUGCGACGUUUCGGUCGCUUCUAUACGAAGCGGCUGGGAGGACUGUGAAUCCGGUAAACGGAGCCAUGGGACUACUCUCAACCGGAAACUGGCACCUCUGUGAGGCGGCAGUGCAGACGGUGCUUGCUGGUGGUUCUCCGACUGCUGAACAAAACUUGAUUCAAGAAGUUAAUGAGAGUUCAGAUGACUUUCAAUCAAGAGCUGAGUGGGGGGUGAUGAUGAUCCGGAACCAGGCUGACAGUAACGACCAGAACUUGCCGUUCAUGCCGCUGCCGGAGGCUGACGUGGCGUUGGAAUUGGCCAUAGGAUACCGGCGCAACGACGGUGAAGAGCCGAAGUUGUUGAACCUUUUUCAGUAA